AUGCCGCAUGUCACCGCCCGAACCCUCAGGAUGGCCCCGAGUGGGUGUCCUAUGAAUCUGCUUUCGGACAAGAAUAUCUCUUCAAAUGUCACUCGGGUAACUGUGAAGACAUCAGGCAAGCAGCAAGACUUUAUGGUAGCAGAUGAUACCUUGGUGAGGCAGUUCAAGGAGAAACUAUCAGCUCAUUUCAAAUGUGAAAUGGACCAGUUAGUGCUGGUAUUCAUGGGUCGACUUCUCAGAGACCAUGACACACUGAGCCAGAGGGGCAUCCUGGAUGGCCACACCAUCUACCUAGUCAUCAAAUCUAAGCAUGGCCCUCAAUCCGUAACCCAUUCCUUCAGGAAGUUGCCAUGCGAUGAGCCUGAUAAGAGGGAUGGAACUAUCAAAGGAAACAGCAUUGGGUUGCAUCAGCCUGCUAGCAUGAGUCAAACACCAUUGGAACCACCCUUCUUUGUUAAGCCUGAAAUGUCCAAGGUAAAUAUUCAGAACCUGGAAGUGGACAGUCCUGGGCAUAUGGCACAGAUGCUGGAUAAUCCUAGCAUCCAGCAACUUCUCUCCAACAUGAAUCUCAUGAGGCAGUUUAUCUCAGAACUUCCAGAGAUGCAACAACUGAUGCAGCAGAACCCAGAGGUUUCCCAAAUCCUUGACAAUUCUGAGAUAUUAUGGCAGACUCUGGAACUGGCCAGGAACCUUGCCGUAAUCCAAGAGAUAAUGCAGAUUCAACAACCUUCACAGAGCCUUGAACAUUCACAGAACCCACAGCUCCAUCUGGGCUUAGAGACAAUACCAAGUGAGGACAAUGUCUUGAGUCAGAGCCAUGCUGGUUUCAGUGAUCAAAUACCCAAUAACUUGCAUGAUAUCUUUGGGAAUAACCUUUCCAAAGUUCUCCUGCCAGGAAAAGUUCCAGAACAUGUCCAGUCUCCACCCUCAUCACCGCCAUCUCAGGAACAGCGGGACCCACUCCCACAGCUUCCUACAACCCGAGUCAUUUAUACCAGUUCAUGCGGUUUAUCAUCAGCCAAUACCACCCCCAGCAGAAUGAACCAUACUGCCAAGGUUAAUGCUGCUACAGCUUCCACUAAGGACAGAAGCCACAAGUGUGCAAUUCAGCAGCCAGUUGAAGUGCCAGCCCUACCCAGCAUGAUCACCCAGCAAGAGCAGACAGAAAGUAAGGAUGACAUCUCUCUAAGUGACUCAGAUCAGAGACUGGAGGAUGAUCUGCAGUUGCUGGAUGAACAGACCAACUCUCAGAUUACAAGAAACGUGAUGCAGUUGCUAAUGAGCGACCCUUGCCUAGCAGCCCACAUGAUGUUGUUCAUGAGUAUGCCCCAGCUGAGUGAACAAUGGAGGCAGCAUAUGUCCACAUUCCUACAGCAGACGCAGCUUUCAGACUUGCUGGUAACCCUAGCCAACCCUAAGGCAUUGCAGGCAAUACUGCAGAUUGAACAGGGUCUCCAGCUAUUGGCCACAGAAACUCCUGUUCUUCUACCCUGGGUUGCACCCUACCUUUGGGGCCUAGGUUGGCUUCCUGGCCCCAGCUGCAACUUCUCUGACAUGGCUCCCUGGUCAUGGGAUGUGCCAGACAUGAUCGACCCCAAAGGGCCUGAGUUUUGCCACAAAUCUGAAGCAGUACUGCAGAUGUUACACUCUGAAGACUCCGCCCACUCUCUACAAGCCCCUGAAAUUCGCUUCAGCAGGCAGAUGGAAUCUCUGCAGGCCAUGGGCUUUGGAAACCAUCAUGCCAAUCUGCAGGCACUCAUCGCCACUGAGGGAGACACCAGUGCUGCUCUCUGGAAACUCAAGAGAUCCCAGGGAUUCUAA